CUCAGUAAACCAAGGACGGGUGAAUGCCCAGUGAACCCCCACUUUCUAUGUGAGGAACUAAGGCACAGAACAGGAAGGGCUGAGCUGCCCGAUGUCGUCAUGCAGGCCUCCCAGAGUGGCCCCGGUCGGCUGGGAUCCCGGCAGAGGGGGGAGACACACCCCUGACCCGGGGAUGUACUAACCCAGGCAAGCCUCCCGACACCCCCACGCCCACCCACCCCUGCCAGCGAAGUUGGGAGGGACCCAGGAGCGAAAGUGGCAGGAAAAAAGGGGUCGGCGCAGCACCAGCGGGCGAGCGACGGUCGGUAGAGGGCCUCCCAUCGGGGGAUCCAGAGGAACCCAAGUGCAGGGAGCAGCUGGGCGGCUGGAGGGGCUGCGGAAUGGCCUGAACUACAAAUCCCAGGGGGCUUGAGAGAACCAAACGGAAGGGACUGCCUUGGGCGGGGCCGGCCCGAGCUAGGCGGGGCGAGGCUGGAGCUGCAAGAGGGCCACGCUCCGGCUACUGGCACAGUGCGCGGGAGACCAUGUCCGGGGGCAGCAGCUGCAGCCAGACCCCAAGCCGGGCCAUCCCCGCUGCUCAUCGGGUGGUCCUCGGCGACGGUGUGCAGUUGCCCCCCGGGGACUACAGCACCACCCCCGGCGGCACGCUCUUCAGCACCACCCCGGGAGGUACCAGGAUCAUCUAUGACCGGAAGUUCCUGAUGGAGUGUCGGAAUUCACCUGUGACCAAAACACCCCCACGGGACCUGCCCACCAUUCCGGGGGUCACCAGCCCUGCAAGCGAUGAGCCCCCCACGGAAGCCCGCCAGAACCACCUGCAGAACAGCCCCGCAGAAAAGCCGGCAGGCGGUGAAGAGUCACAGUUUGAGAUGGACAUUUAAGGGACCAGUCAUCAGAUUGAGCAAUGCCUCUGGGCCCCUCUGGCCCUUCUCGAGAGAAGAGUCACACCAGCCAGUUAUCAUCCCGGGCAGGCACUGGGUGUGGGGUCGACCACCCCGGUCCUCUGCUCCCUCGGUCAGGGCACCUGCUCCCCCUUCCACUUGGUGACCAGCAGACACCUCUGUGUGCCUCCAUUCAUGCAGGAGCUGGCACCCCAAGGACAGUGACUCUUGAGCACACACCCUGCAGCCUGAGGCCAGGAAGCGGACUUGGAAGAGCCAUUCUGGAUGAUCAUGGCUCUUCCUCUGAAGACAUGCCCACCCCUUCCUUACCUUAUUGUGCCUGGGAAACUUUCCUCCCCCCUGCUUCCCCAAGAGAGGAAAUAAAAGCCACCUUGGCCCCAGGGCCAAGAGUUGGCCCUGUCUGAGGUC